UAUCUGUAUAGUGAAAUGCAUAAGCAAAUGCACACUGCAGUAUUAGCACAUUUCUUUUUUGUAUGUCUUGUUAAAUAUAGCAUUGCUCAGUAUCAGGUUCAAACAAAUGAGCUAUUUGUGCUUCAACUGUCUCCUGCUAUAUUCAAUUUCACGGAUCCCGAUUCUUCAGAAGAAUACAUCUACAGGGCAGCCUUACAUAAUUUGCCAGAUCUUCCAAAGUGGAUUAAUCUUGCAUUCAAUCCAAAUCUAAAACUAGGGUUCUUGUAUGGGACUCCUAUUAAUGAUUCAUCAUUAGUCAAGCUGGACCUUGUUGCAUCCAAUGUUUUGACUUUCGAAACAUCUUCAAAGGAAGUUACAAUUGACAUAUUUCCUAAAGAAGAACCGGCUACUAGGAAAAUAAAGUUGAAAAUUCAUAAUCUUAACCUGGAAGACCUAAUGGAUGACCAAAAACAAGCGAAGCUAUUGGAUAUAUUUCGGAAAAUAUUGUGGCCAAAUAGUUCUCUAGAUCUUCAUUUCAUAGAACUGUACUCAGCUUUGGCUGCAGGGGGAAGACGACCUGCGCGUCCGCAGGAUGGUGAAGGGUACUUUCUAGUAAUAGUAAUAUAGUAGUUCACAGUCAAACUAUUUUGAGUUGCAGGGUCAUCAUUAACGUUGGGAAGCAAUGCCGAAUUCUCGGAAGUACUUCGAGAACUGGAACGUGAAGUAAGUCCUCUAUGGCUACUACGUCAAUGCCCCCGUGAUUUUAAGAAAACCUCGUCAGAACGUUAUUUUCGAUCUAAGGGAUUCUUAGUUGAUUGGUGCUCAUUUAAAUUGGUUCCUGAAAAUACCACGCUGCUAACCAUUAGUUCUACUACAUCUCCGUCCUUUGAAUCCAAAACUGAGCGUAUUAUCCUCAAAUCAAUCCAAAUACUCACUGAAGAGGUGGGGGCAGACGUCUGGAGCGCACCGGCCAAAUGGGAGAUUCCUAUACGUAGCUAUGCCGAGGAUGGUGUUGUUGCCGUGUUUAUUCCGUUGGUGGUAUUGCUCCUAUUAGCCGCCCUCCUAACUGCUAUUCUAGGUGUUCAUCCUGAAGGGGCGGAGACGGAGGAGGGCCAGCUCUAUGAAGCCGUGUUUGAGGAAUUGCCAUUCCUUAAAGCAAAGCAAGAAACAGGAACAACGAAGCCUCAAAUCAGCAACGAUGUUUCUUCGAGACGAACACUUGAGUCGGCAACCCCUUCAUUAGGGCGAGUAAAGCGCAAUCCACUGUACGAUUCGCUGAUGGGUGAAUCUGGUACACGCGGCUCGAGCCCGUUUCUGAUGUCUUCAGGAUCAUCGGCUUUACCAACGCCAGUUUCCACUCUGUCACGACCCACUUUUCCAACACCACGGUCUACCCUAGGACCAUCCGAUAGAGCAUCUACUCUAGGACGACCGGAACCUCCACCAUACAAUUGCGGAACAAUCAAUAAGUAGCAUGUUACCUAAUUCCCCAACCCCUAUGUCAAGGAACAUUAAAGUUCUAGUCAAGUCUUGUCGGUAAUUAAAAAUUAGAGAAAUUUUCAGAAUUUAUUUCAUUUGUGGCUUUGCUUCUUAUCUGCUGUACAAUGUUGAAUACUAUGUUCAAUGUAAUGUUUAGUCCCAUCUAGACUUUUUUGUGUGAAGUUGUUUGCUUCCAUCUUCACGCACAGCAACAUAGUAGCCCAUGUUUUCAUAUUUUGUUUUCAUGUAUGUUAUAUAUCCUGCACAACCAGCAAUAGCUACUAGACCCAGUAUCAUAAUGAUUUUGUUCUGUAAUUUAGUAAAAAAAUUUUAGUUAAUGUACUUUUGCUUGAAACCAUUACAUACUGCCACAUACUGGUUUGA